UCAGGAGCCGUUGAACAAAGGGCCAAAAGGGGACCGAAUAAAGAAUAACAAAAAUUAAAAAAUAUGUUGCCAAAUAUUAUCCCAAAAUGCAGUGGUCUGACGCCAUGCAGAAGGAGGUUCUCGGCCCCGAAUGAGCCAAAUUUUCUCGACGAUGAGCAAACAAGGUACUCCUGUUACGAUACCAAAACCCGUCUCCGAUGCCGCUGUCCCCAGUUGUGAUGUCAUGUGAUCUCGAUCGACAUGGUUUUCUCUUAGUCAUAUCUAUAUCCACGCACUUUCUCUUUCCUUAUUGCAGGACCA